UAUGGCGGGUUUCGUGAUUAUCCACUCUUUCACUGAUCGAGUCUAGCUGCUGGACUGCUGACUCUCUUCCUUUUUCUUCCCCCCUCUCCAACGCGGGGCUCUCUCUCUCAAAUUUCCUCAAGACUGUGAGCAUCAUUCAUUUGAUCAUUCUCUUGAACCAUUUCGUGCCCAGUUGUCCGCUCACCCGCCGCGGCCUUCCCCUGCCCCUCAAUCAGAACCACGAAUCAAACGCCCCUUUGACAAGUACCGACCAUGGCCGCCUCCAAUCUUCCAUACAUGAAGACCAACCCCAAAAUCAUCUUUUUUACGGACUUCGAUGGCACAAUCACUCUUGAAGACAGCAACGAUGCUAUGAUCGAUAACCUGGGUUAUGGGCGCGACAAGCGCCGCGAAGGGAACCUGGCGGUCCUUGAAGGCACAAUGAGCUUCCGUGACUCCUUCCGCGACAUGUUAGACAGUAUCAAGACCCCCUACAAUGAGUGUAUCGAGUACCUCAAGAAAAACAUGAAGCUAGACCCCUACUUCGUCGAGUUCUACCACUGGUCGCGGGAGAACAAUGUGCCGAUCGUUGUUUUGUCUUCCGGCAUGAUCCCCGUGAUCAGUGCCCUGUUCGAGGCGUUGCUGGGCGGCAAGCCAGACGACCAUCUCUACAUCGUUGCAAAUGAGGUUGAGAGCCGCGAUGGUAAGGACAUAAACAGCGAGGGUGGUUGGAAAAUCAAGUACCACGAUGAUAGCCAUUUCGGCCACGACAAAUCCUUGGAAAUCAAGCCUUACGCCGCGCUACCAGACAACGUGCGCCCGACCUUGCUGUACGCGGGCGAUGGGGUCUCUGAUCUGUCUGCUGCGGCAGAGACGGAUCUGCUGUUCGCUAAGCAGGGCAAAGACCUCGUGACUUUCUGCGAGCGUCAAGGUGUUCCCUUCACUCUCUUCGAAAGCUGGGAGUCGAUUCUUGCGACGACUAAGGACAUCCUGGCGGGCAAGGUCUCUGUGAAGAAAGUGGCUCAAGAAGGAUUGGACAAGGCCCAUGAGGGAGCCAACAAGGCCUGAACGAGAGGCAGUUUUGGCAGCAAUAGAUAUAGACUACAAGGUCAUAGACAUAUAGCCAGGCCAAGUGCUAGACUCUACAAUGAUAGAUAGACAUGACAUUCAAUUUUGUUCAGCUGGUAUCAACUGGCAGCUUACCAUAAAAUGGGG